AGCUGAUAGUUUUACGAACAAACACAGCUUAUGAGAUCUGUUUAUAAUCUACACUGAAUAUCUUUAUUAAAUCUGUUCUUAAUGGAAUCAACAGCAGGAUGAAGAAGACUUUUACAAUCAUUAUUUUAUUUCUCUUGUGUGAAGAUGUGUUUGGUGAUCCAGAUGUGAAGUCAUUGUCAGUGAUGGCUGGUGGUUCAGUUACUCUAUACACUGAUAUUACUGAGCUACAGGAGGAUGAUGUGAUCUUGUGGAGGUUUGGAGAAGGUGAAUCUAAAAUUCUUUUUGCUGAAAUUACAAUAAAUACGAUCUGGUAUGCACGAGGGAGUUUCAAAGACAAACUGCAGAUAUCGGACAGUCAGACUGGAGAUCUCACCAUCAAGAACAUGAAGAUCAAAAACUCUGGACUCUAUGAAGCAGAGAUCAAUCUUGACACUGAAACAGUAUACAAGAGAUUUAAUGUUACUGUCAGUGAGUCUCCUUCUGUUAUCAAUGAUGGACCAAGUGAAGUAGCAUCUUUUACAGUGACGGAGGGUGAAUCUCUUGUUUUAUCCUGUAAUGUUCAAACACAAAGAGAUGAUCUGAUACUGUGGAGGUUUGGAGAUGAAAGCGUUCUCAUAGCUGAAGUUGAUAUGGAAGACAAUAAGACUUCAGUAUUUGAUGAUGAUGGGAGAUUCAGAGACAGACUGAAGCUGAAUGAUCAAACUGGAGAUCUCACCAUCACUGACUGCAAACCUAAACACAGUGGAGUUUAUCAGCUAAAGAUCAUCAGUAACAAACAAACUUUAUACAAGAUAUUCAGUGUUAUUGUCAGGGAAUCAGGUUCAUCUUCAGGUGGUAUAGCAGGAUUAUGUGUUUUCUUCCUAUUGGUUAUUGCUGCUAUUAUUGCUGCUGGAUUGAUUUUUCAUCGUCGCAAGAUCUCUAAACUCAAACAUGAAGUGAAGUCAGUAUCAGUGAAAGGAGAUCAGGCUGAUGUUGAUGUGAUCGAUGAUCUCGAAGUGAAGUCUGUAUCAGAAGUGAAAGGAGAUCAGGCUGUUUCUCUAUGUACUUCAAAAGAGAAAGAUGGACGGAAAUGUUUUGUGCAAAGCAGAGUAAGGGAAGCAGAAAGGAGAGCUGAUGAGUUUAAGGAAGAUGUUGCUGUGAAAGAUGAAGUGAAGUCAGUAUCAGCAGUGAAAGGAGUUCAGGCUGCCAAAGCUUCACAAAUCCUUCAGAAGCCACAGAACUCAGUAACAAACAAAGUUGAUGAAAACAUUCAGAAGCGGCAGAACUCAUAUGUUGAUGUGAAAAAUGAAGUGAAGUCAGUGCCAGUGAAAGGAGAUGAGGCUGCCAAAGUUAAUUUAAACUUUCUGAAGCGGCAGAACUCAGGAACAGACAAAGUUGAUAAAAAGCGUCUGAAGCAGCAGAACUCAGUCUGCGCUGAUGUUAUAAAUGAAGAGAUGAUCAGAAUAGGAAAGACAGGGGGAUCUGUGACUUUAGACACUUGUGUUACUGAAAUACAGAGAGAUGAUGAGAUACUGUGGAUGUUUGGAGAUAUGACUAUAGCUCUAUACACUGGAGACACUAAUGAAUAUACAUUAAAUAAAACUGACGAGAGAUUUAAAGACAGACUGGAGAUGAACCAUCAGAGCGGAGAUCUCACCAUCAGAGCCUUCAGAUCUGAAUACACUGGAGUUUAUAAAGUACAGAUCAAGAACAGCAGCGGGAACAAAGAGAGAAAAUUCAUUGUUGCUUUCUCCGUGCGACCUACGAUGGGAUGUGUUAUUCUAAGCACUAAAGUUAAAAUAGAGGAAGGUGAUGCAGUGAAGUGGACUUCAAAAGAUAAAACCUCUCUUGUAAGUGGAAUGAAUGGAGACGACAGCAAGACUUCAUAUACAGAUGAUGAGAGAUUCAGAGAGAGACUGAAGAUGAACGCUCAGACUGGAGAUCUCAUCAUCAGAGAUAUCAGACAGACAGAUGAAGGAGUUUAUACACUAAAACUGAUCAAAGCUGAUGGAAAAAUCACAUACAGAAUAUUUAAUGUUGAAGUCACUGAGACAAUCAGAAAAAGAAAGCUAAAGAAAUCUGUCCCUUUAUACACAAAAACACAGAGACAUGAUGAGAUUGGAGAUACAACAUCGAUGUUGGGAGAUGCAGGAGAUUCAGCAGAUGUCAGUGAAGAAUCAGUGGCGGUUAAUAUGCCUUUACUGAACAAAGUUAGAUCCUCAUCAGUAAUGUAACAUCAUCAUCAUCAUCAUCAUCUACAGCAACAAAUCUGUUUUACUGCUUUCUGUUAAAACAAGAAAUUAACCCUCUGUGUGCUGUUGAACUCACAUUAUGAUAAACAGAGAUACAAAUUUUCAUUUAUUUGCAACUAAAUGUGUUUGCGCAUUAAAGACACUGAAUUUUCAGCUCAUGUAUUAUGGACGUCUUCAGGUGUUCAGUUGUACAGAGACUUUGUUGAAUUUUUUUUUUGCUUUUUUAUUCACCACACAUUCACAUCUGGAGAGAUGACAGGACUGCAAACAGACAAAUUUGAGAUCGGUUUUUGCUUUCUCGGACUCGUCUCGGACUCGUUCCUUCAAAGGCUCGGUCUCAAACCACAGUGAGAAGAGAAGGACUCGUAAUUUCAGACUGAGUCCUCGAGACCAACGCAUUUUACUAUGUUCAUAUAAAAAACCACACAACACAUAACAAUAAUAAUAAAAUGCAAUGUUGACAGGCAUUAUUUGAAAAUGACUUCCCAUGGUAGAUACUGCCAUCAGAGCCGUUUAUUUAUAAACUGAACGAACUUAAACAAGACAAAAAAACAAAACUUUGUAUACUGUGAAAGAUAAAGAUGAAUGAGAUGAAGGAAGUGACAUCACACAUGUAGUUCAUCAUCUAUAUCACAUGACUCUUGAUGACUCUUGAACACAUCAUUUUCUUUUUAUAUUUUCUUUUUAUAUUUUGUGUAUUUUUAUUUCACUGUUCUUACAGGAGUUAAUUUUGUGAUCUUUAAACUUUACUUUCACUUUCAUUUUAAAAGAAUAUUAAACAUGUUUGACUGUCAUUGUAAAAUGUUUAAGUUGAUUUUCAGAUGGACUGUUGUUUCUGUUUUACACAUUCACACAUUUAUAUCAGUAGAAAAGAUCUAUCAACUUUUUUGUCACUUUGUCCACACCACA